AUGCAGGGGUUGCAGGGUAGGGUUACUCACACAGAGAUGAGAUUUUCAACAGGGAUUACAGGUUUAACAAGCACAAACAGGCGUUUUUCUCUCACACACGGUUUGUUAAAUUUGUUUGAUCUCCGCCAUUCUGGAAACUUUCUCUCGUGGAGGGGAAAGAGAAAUGAACUUGUAGUCCACUGUAGGCUGGAUAGAGCUAUGUCAAAUAGCAGUUGGGCUGAAGUUUACCCUUUUAGUCGUUGUGAAUACAUGAGAUUUGAAGGCUCGGAUCAUAGACCUCUUCUCACACAUUUGGACCUUACAAAAAAGAGGAAAAAAGGCAUCUUUAGAUAUGACAGAAGACUAAAAGACUCUGAAGAGCUAACAAAUAUCAUCAAGUCAGCCUGGACUUUUGACUCAGAAGAAGGAGUGGAGGAAAAGAUCUCCAGAUGUCGAUCUGAGAUUAUCUCAUGGACAAAGCAAAAGUAUCAAAACAGCCAGAAACUGAUAGAGAAGCUUAAAGAAGAACUUGAGGAUACAAUGUCAAGCCAGGAGACAAACCAAGACCUUAUAUCUUCUAUCAACAUCAGACUUCUACAUGCCUACAAAGCAGAAGAAGAAUUUUGGAAACAAAGAAGUCGCCAACUAUGGCUAACUUUGGGAGAUAAGAAUACUGGCUACUUUCAUGCUAUAACGAGAAACAGAGCGGUCAUAAACAAAUUCUCUGUUAUUGAAGAUAAAGAAGGCCAACCUAUUCACUCAGAAGAAGGCAUUCUCCAAGUCAUUUCUGACUACUUCUCGGAACUCUUCACUUCAAUAGAUGGAGAUAGAAAUACAACUAUUCAGACUGCUAUUCAUCCCUGCAUCACCGAGGAGAUAAACCAGAAGCUUACUAUCCUACCUUCCCCUGAAGAAAUCAAAAGGGCUUGCUUCUCCAUUCAUGCAGACAAAGCCCCCGGUCCAGAUGGAUUCUCGGCCAGUUUUUUCCAAACCAACUGGGAAACUGUUGGCCCUAAUCUCAUCAUCGAGAUACAAUCUUUCUUCUCAUCUGCCUGCUUACAAACAAGCAUCAAUAAAACUCAUGUCAGGUUGAUCCCAAAAACUCGAAGCCCUCAGAAAAUGACAGAGUAUAGACCUAUCGCCUUGUGUACAGUCUUUUACAAAAUCAUAUCUAAACUCCUAUCAAGAAGACUGCAACCUGUCUUACAAGCGAUCAUCUCUGAAAACCAGUCUGCUUUUGUCCCCAAGAGAGCAAUAUCGGAUAAUGUCCUUAUCACACACGAAGCCCUCCAUUACCUCAAAACCUCAAAGGCAAAGAAGAUGUGCUUCAUGGCUGUUAAAACUGACAUGAGCAAAGCAUAUGAUCGUAUUGAAUGGGAUUUCAUAAGAUUGGUUAUGGAGAGAAUGGGCUUCCACCCUAAAUGGAUCAAAUGGAUUAUGCAAUGCAUCUCCACUGUAUCCUACUCAUUUCUACUCAAUGGAGCAGCACAAGGAUCAGUCGUACCUCAACGUGGAAUCCGACAAGGAGACCCUCUCUCCCCGUAUAUCUUCAUACUUUGUAGUGAAGUGCUCUCUGGUCUAUGCACAAAAGCUCAAAUGGAUGGAACCUUACCAGGCCUUAGAGUAGCAAUGAACAGCCCCAGAAUCAACCACUUGUUAUUUGCAGACGACACGAUGUUCUUCUGUAGGUCAGAUGCUCAAAGCUGUAAAACACUGCUACAUAUCCUCAAGGUGUAUGAAACUGCCUCUGGGCAAAAGAUAAAUAAAGAAAAAUCGGCAAUAACCUUUUCUUCAAAAACUGGAGAACAUAUCAAAUUACAGGCUCAACGUAUUUUAGGAAUUCAAAGAGUGGGAGGUCUCGGUAAAUACCUGGGCUUGCCUGAGAUGUUUGGCCGCAAGAAGAGGGACCUUUUCAACCAGAUCAUAGACAAUAUUCGUCAGAGAGCUCUAAGCUGGUCUUCACGGUUCCUAUCCAUUGCUGGGAAGGCUAUCAUGCUAAAGUCUGUCUUGGCGGCAAUGCCAACGUACACAAUGUCAUGUUUUAAGCUUCCCGGCUCACUCUGCAACAGAAUCCAAUCAGCCCUCACCCGUUUCUGGUGGGAUUCCUCUGCAGAAAAUAAGAAAAUGUCAUGGAUUGCUUGGUCAAAAAUGACAAAAUCAAAGCGAGAUGGAGGAUUGGGCUUUAGGGAUAUCACUGCCUUUAAUGAUGCACUAUUGGCAAAAAUUAGCUGGAGACUACUUACAAAACCCUCUUGUCUGCUAGCAAGAAUCCUGCUAGGAAAAUACUGCCCUUCCAAUCCCUUCCUAUCCUGCUCAGUCCCUGCUUCUGCUUCUCAUGGCUGGAGAGGAAUUUGUAUAGGGCGUGAUCUGAUAUCAUCUCAAUUGGGACGAGCAAUUGGAUCUGGAAUUACUACCUCGGUUUGGUAUGAUCCGUGGAUUUCCCUCACAUCCCCUGUUGUUCCAAUGGGACCGGUUCCUGAGAAAAGCCAAAACCUGAAAGUUUCUGAGCUGAUAUGCCCCAUUUCUAAGGAGUGGGAUAAAGCUAAGAUAUCACUGAUCUUACCCCAAUAUGAACAAGAUAUUCUCUCCCUUAGACCCAGUAAACUAGGAGCAGAGGAUAAAUACAUCUGGCUCCCAACAAAGACUGGAGAAUAUAGCGCAAAAUCUGGAUAUCACGAGGCAUCAAAGGAAGACUCCACAAAUCUCCAACCAAUUCCACGGUCAGAAGACUUUAACUGGUUAAAAGAAAUUUGGAACAUCCGCUGCUCUCCGAAGGUUAAAUUUCUUUUAUGGAAAGCCAUGAGAAAUGCCAUUCCCUCAGGGAAGAAUCUCAAAGAUCGUGGAAUAAACAGAGAAGCUGUUUGCCCUCACUGCGGCGAGGAUGAAUCAAACCUGCACCUAUUUUUCCACUGCACCUUUGCUAGGAAAAUAUGGGAGUUAGCACCUCUCAAAUCCCCUAUUCACCCGACCCUUGUUACCAGUCUCAAAGCCGGGAUCGAAUUAACCAAUAGGCUUUUAUGCCUUCCGCCUUUGGGUAUCGGCCAUGGAAACCUUUCUCCUUGGAUCAUGUGGAUGAUCUGGAUCAGUCGCAACAAGAAGAUUUUUGAGCAUAAACAACCAAAUAGUGCCGACACACUAACCCAAGCAAUUAUCCUUGCAAAAGAAUGGAAUAUGGCUCAAUCUGAUACAUCUUCAAACCCAAAACCCCAUCUAGAUCGAACCCUUCAAUUUGUAGAUGCUGACUCUAUUCGGAUCUUCUCAGAUGCUGCUUGGAGAGAGGACUCAAAAGAGGCUGGAUUUGGUUGGAUCUGGAUGGACACGGUCACUGGGUUGGAAAGUCACGGAAGCUCUACAGCGACCAAUGUUUGCUCCCCUUUAAUGGCGGAGUCGAUAGCUCUUCUUCUUGCUCUCAAACAAGCUCUCAACCUAGGCUUCCAAAAAGUUAUCUUUGCUUCAGAUUCGCAACUGCUAAUCAAAGCAUUAAAUGCAGAGCCCUUCUCAAAGGAGCUCUACGGGAUUCACCAUGAUAUCCUUCUUCUAUCUUUAAAUUUUAUCGAAUGUAAUUUUACUUUUGUUAAGAGAGAACAGAACAUGAAAGCUGAUGGGGUAGCUAAAUCGGCUUUAUUGUCUCUCUCCUCUGUAACCAACCUUUAA